AUGAUUAUAGCACGUUUUCUAAUGAUAAAUGUAAUUGAUCAAUUAUUUGAGCAUUAUAAUCAAAAUCAUAGUAAAAUUUUAAUAAUUGGUUAUCUUAAAUUAAAUAUCAAAAAAUUUCAAUCAUCAUCAAGAAAAAGUCAACGAUCAAUAAUAAGAACUAGAAAUAUUGGUAGCAACGAACAACAUCUUUCAAUCAGAAUUGAAUUAUUAGAAGAUUCUACUCAACAUAGUACAAGUUCUUAUAUUCUUGCUAAAGUUGCUCUAGCUCAAAUUGUGCUAUAUCAAUGGAUGCAUAAAAUUCAUUAUUCAUUACAACAAACAAAUAUUUCUGUAAUUAUAUUCAAUGAUGGAGUGCAAUGUGAAACAAUAUCAUGUUUACCAACAUUAAUAUUUGAUUAUUUAGCUCAAACAUCAACUCGAAUAUAA